AUUACAACAUUUAUUUGACCGGUGUGGUUUUCUACCUUCUAUUUGUGACAAAGUCCAGAUAAUUAUUUAUAUUUAGUUGAUUAGUACUGUUUAUUUAUUUGAAACUGUUUUUGUUUCCUUUUAGAUAGCACCAUGGUGUCAUAUGUUUCUUGAAUCUCCAAGACGACAAUAUUGUAUUUGAGACCAAAGAGAAAGUCGGAUGGCUUCUCCACAAACUGAUCUUAAGGAAGAUAGGAGUGUGCAUGGUAGCGAGAGUGACAGUAGUGUUGAUGAAGAGAGCGAGGCUACUGACAGUAGUCUGGAACAUUAUUCUUCCCUAGUUGAAGAAGAAGAGGACAAAGAAAAAGAAGUUGAAGAUGAUAACCACCAUGACUUUUCAGAUGCAUUGAGUGUUGAAGAGUCACAACAAUUUUCUAAAGCUGAUAAAGAAGAUUCCAGCAUACUCAGAGAAAGACCCGAUUCCCCAAAUCCUGAACAAAGAGAAUGUCUUGGAUUUCUGAAGAAAUUGUCUGUCUUCAUAUGGAAAUCCCUGUCACAAGCUAAGUAUGUCAGUUUACUAAAUGACUUUGUGGAGUCUGAAUUUUUUGUGAUUGAUGGAGAUGCUCUACUUCUCAAAUAUUUAUGCAAGAAAAGACAAUACCUGCCCUUCUUUUACUUAAUUGAAUGCUUUCUGCUUGAUUUCACCCAAAAAGGAGCAAAAUAUGUGAUUGUCUUUUUCAAGGAUGUGGAACAGAUGUAUUUCAAUUACCCUAAUUUCCUCUUCCAUCGUACUGCAUUAAUACAACACCUGAAGUGCAACACUGACAUCACUAUUCGCACAGAGUUUUCCAAUUGUUUCUCACCAGAAUGGCAGAUUUUCCUCAAGGAAUGUUAUCCAUAUUUUAUGAUAAUCUCUGACAUAGGACAGAACUCUCUACACGAAGAUUAUUUACAUAUAUUUAUCACUCAUACCUUGUCAAAGAAAAUCAAUGUUGUGCUCACUUCAGGACAAGAGUCUGAUGCUCUUAGAGUGUAUGGAUAUUACAUCCAGAGUGUGCAUGAACACAGGUUAUUUUUUCAUCAGGAUGUGGAACAGAUGUAUUUCAAUUACCCUAAUUUCCUCUUCCAUCGUACUGCAUUAAUACAACACCUGAAGUGCAACACUGACAUCACUAUUCGCACAGAGUUUUCCAAUUGUUUCUCACCAGAAUGGCAGAUUUUCCUCAAGGAAUGUUAUCCAUAUUUUAUGAUAAUCUCUGACAUAGGACAGAACUCUCUACACGAAGAUUAUUUACAUAUAUUUAUCACUCAUACCUUGUCAAAGAAAAUCAAUGUUGUGCUCACUUCAGGACAAGAGUCUGAUGCUCUUAGAGUGUAUGGAUAUUACAUCCAGAGUGUGCAUGAACACAGGUUAUUUUUUCAUCAGCAUGAAAAGGAUCUGCAACAUAUUUGUGAAGCCAUAGUCAAAUAUUUACAAAAAUCCCAGGAUACAGUUUACCUGUAUAAUUUAAAGCUGAGCUUGAGAAACUUACAAAAAGAGAUCUGUCAGACUAUUUUGCUGCUGAAGAAUCUGUGGCCAGAAGAAUCCAAUCUUAGGCGUGUUGUUUGUGUUCUUACAUGUACAGUGGGAUUAAAAAUGUAUAGUAACAUGUUAGAAAAUGCAAAAGCCUUUGAGGAAACAAAGAAACAAACAAAAACAUUCAGUAAGGAGAAGAUUGAAGCAUUAACACUGGAGGAAGCAGCGGACCUGUGUAGAAUGCAGUGCCUCAGUGUGGUUUUUCUCCUCAACUUGCCUCUUUCACAACGAGCUCAGAUUAGGAUAAUCAAUUCUGGGUGGACUGAGCAAGUUUUACCAUUUAUAAACAUGCUACAACAUAGUGACUAUCUUGUUCUGAAGCAACUAAAUGAUGAAAAUGACUGGAAAUUGGAUUUAACUCACCUGUCUGAUUUAAGGGACAAUUUAUUGCUGAAGAACCUUUCAUAUUACUAUGAAACAGAAUACUGCUCAGGGUUAAAUUUGGAACUGGGCAAAAAAAUGAAGAGUGAAUACCAAUAUCUGUGGAGUAUUGUAACCAAACUAGCUGCCAACUGCAAUUUUGGAGAUGCUUUUCCAGUGAGAAGUACCUCUCAACUGUUUCUUCAACAGAAAAAAAUGUUAUUUAAAGAAUCAAAGGAAGAUAUUCCUAAUAUAGGGCUCAUCCCAAUGAAAUUGAACAUUGUAGAAGAUUAUGUGGGAGCAGUUUUGGAAAGUUUACCUAUUUUAAGCAGCAAUGAUCCUGAAGUUACUUCACUUAUUAAACAAACAGAAUUUGACGAACUUCGACACUGGCAUUCAGGCAAGCCUCUCAGUGAUGAAUAUGACAGAACAAAGUGCAGCCAUGAUGCAAAGUCCAAAAGUCCAGAAGAAAGAAGACGCAUACAAAAGUUGCAGUCUUAUUAUCAGCUUUAUGGAAGAUCAUUGGAAGGCAACAUUUCAAAGACAAUUGUAACCCAGGUGGAUGAGCCUUUGGUGCUCAAAAGCACUAAUGCUGCUGUCACAAAGGCAAAAAGAAUGCAUAAAAGUAAAGCAGAAAUAAUUGCAGAGGAAAACCAGAAACGACUAAAUGCUAAAGAAGAAAAAAAAGAACAGGAACAAUGGAGUGUCUUAUUUGUAUUGAUUGAAAAGGAGAUUAAACAUAAUUUUACCCAUGGAAUAAAUAGACUGGAGAAUUUCCUCAAGACAUGUAAAAGUAAUUCUGUGAAAUUUACAGCAGAAAUGACAGGAUUGAAUGUCUGUCUAGAAGUUUGGAAGGAACACUGCAGAAACCAAGGCAGGAAAUCAAGAGAUUUAAGCAUAGCUGUCCAAGUGAUGAGGAGAGUUCACGUACUUCUUGACAAAUACCAGGAACUGUUAAAGAAAACACAUAUACAAAAGUUGGCCAAAUGUCUGAAAUACCUUGGAUUUGAGAAUUUGGCAUGUUCUUUGUCUAGCCAGAUAAUAGAAAAUGACAAUGAGAAGUUAGCCAAAUAUUCUACAGAGAUGGGAGCAGCUCGUUUUCAGCUACAAUAUAUGGGCUAUUACUUGUUCAGAGAAGAGAGGAAAGAUCCAGAUCCCAGAAUACAGCAUUUUAUACCAGACACAUGGCAGCGAGAGCUUCUUGAUGUUGUAGACAAUAAUGAGUCUGCAGUGAUUGUUGCUCCUACUUCGUCAGGGAAAACCUAUGCAUCAUAUUAUUGUAUGGAGAAAGUUCUGAGAGAGAGCAAUGAAGGAGUAGUUGUGUAUGUCUCACCAACAAAAGCUCUUGUCAACCAAGUGAUGGGAACUGUAUACAAUCGAUUCACCAAGACACUGCCUCAUGGAUUAGUAGUAGGUGGAAUUUUCACAAGGGAUUAUCGCCAUGAUACCCUGAACUGUCAGAUACUUGUAACAGUGCCUCAGUGUUUAGAAAUCUUGUUGCUAUCCCCUCAUCGCCAGGAAUGGGUCAAAAGAAUAAGAUAUGUUAUAUUUGAUGAGGUCCAUUGUCUUGGUGGGGAAAUUGGAGCAGAAGUUUGGGAGCACUUGCUGGUUAUGAUUCAAUGUCCAUUUCUGGCUCUCUCAGCAACUAUCAGUAAUCCUGAAUAUCUUACUGAGUGGCUACAGUCAGUAAAAAGAUACUGGCAACUUGCUGAGAGUACAAUAGAAGAAAGCCCCAGUUCAUGUACAACUGCCUGGAAAGGGACAAGGAAGCCAAAACUACAAAAAACAAAAAAAUCAUAUAGAGUUAGACUAGUGCUGCAUGGAGACAGAUACAAUGAUCUGGAAAAGUAUGUGUGUUCUCUCAGGGAAAAUAAUUUCAUCAUUGAUCACUAUCACCCAUGUGCUGCAUUAACAGUCAACCAUAUUGAGAACUAUGGCAUUCCUUCAGACAUUGCCUUCUCUCCACGAGAGAGUAUCCAGUUAUAUGACAUGAUGGCAAAAGUCUGGCAAGAGUGGCCAAAAUUACAGGAGUUGGAUCCUGAGGAAUUUACUUCUUUCAAGAAUAAAAUAGUAAUUACAAGAACAAAUGCAAGAAAUUAUGAACAGGAACUGAAGAAAGAACUGAUCAACUGGAUUGUUCUUGGCCAAAGAGAAAAGGUGAGUCAGUUGCUGGAAUCCCUUAAACCACAUCCUGUUGAUUGUUCAGAAAAUGAAAAACGGAUCAGAUUUGCACAAUUUGUUGAAAAACUACAAGACAUGGAUAAAUUGCCUGCCAUAUUUUUUAUGUUUAACAUUAAUUUAGUAGAACACAGAGCCUUUGAUGUAUUUUACAAUUUGACGAAAAAGCAAAUGUAUGAACGAGAUCCUAAUACUCAAAAAGAAAUAGAAAGUUUAAGGGACAAACUGAGAAAAACUAAUAAAACUCUAGAGAAAUGUUUGGCUUCUAAUCUAAAAAAGGAAUCUGCCACUAAACAUGAAAGAAUGAUCCUUACUUGGAAUGAAAAACAAUAUUUAAAGAAAAGACUUAAAAAGCUUACUGAGGUUCCUCCAGACUGUACUUAUGUUAAUUCUAAAGCUGUGGAUAACGAAACCUUGAUGAACAUCUUUCAUCGAAUUAGGUUUCAAAGAAAGCGUUUCCAGCUGAGAAUGUUGGCACAGAGAGGUAUUGGAUAUCAUCACGCUUCUAUGGCAUACAAAGAAAAACAAGUUGUGGAAAUGCUUUUCAGGAUGGGAUAUAUCCGGGUGGUUACAGCUACUGGAUCACUUGCUUUGGGAAUCAAUAUGCCAUGUAAAUCUGUUGUCUUCACUGAAGAUUCUAUUUUUCUAGAUGCUCUAAAUUAUAGACAGAUGUCUGGACGUGCUGGAAGACGUGGACAAGAUAUGAUAGGAAAUGUGUUCUUCUAUGAUAUACCACUGCCUAAGGUUGAAAAACUUAUAAAAUCCAAUGUACCCCAGCUGAGAGGCCAGUUCCCGCUGAGUAUUUCCCUGGUACUGAGACUCAUGCUAUUGGCUGCAAAAGCAGAUGAUAAAGCAGAUGCCAGAGCAAAGGUGCUGUCAGUGUUGAAGCACUCACUACUGUCCUUCAAACAAGAAAGGAAUGCUGAAAUGUUAAAAGUAUACUUUAUCUUUUCCUUGCAGUUUCUUGUCAAAGAGGGCUAUUUGGAUCAAGAAUGUAAUCCUAUGGGAUUUACUGGACUUGUGUCCCAUUUAUAUUAUCAUGAACCUUCAAAUUUUGUCCUGGUUAGCUUUCUACUGAAAGGUUUGUUCCACAAACUGUGCCAGCCAAUAGAGAAUGGUUCAGCUGUUUUUUCUGAAGCUGUGAUGGUGCAAUUAGUACUAGUGCUAGCAAACUUAUUUGGAAGGAGGUAUCUACCAGCCUGUGCUACAAAAUUUAGAACAUCUUGCCAGUCAAAGGUGUUUCUAGAACAUCUCCCAGAAGAAUUUUCUGCUGCUGUUCAUGAAUAUAACUGCAAAAUAAAGAAGAAUUUUGGUUGUUUUCUUCUAACAGUUGCCAAGCUGGCUGACAUGGAACAAGAAUACCAACUUCCUUUAUCAAGGAUAGAUUUCACACAUAAAGAAUGUGAUAACUCUGAGCUGACAUUUCAUUUGAUGAAAAGCACCAAAAGCAUAGCUUCCGUCUCACCUUUCACAUGCCUGUCUGGAAUCGUUGACGAGGAUUUAUUUGAUGCUGACAAUGUUAAUGAAGCUGUCUUGCGUACAAUUGGUGUUAAUGUCAGAAAUGCUCCUCUGUGUUGGUUGGAGAAAUAUGAUAAUCAAGGAAGAAGAAUGCCACUGAAUGCUUAUGCUCUUGAUUUCUUUAAACAUGGUUCCUUGGUUGCACUGAAAACAGAUAAUUGGUUAAAUGAAGGAGAUGCUUACAAUCUACUCAAAGAUUUUUCACUACUUAUUAAAGCAAUAAGAACUUCAUUAGGUGAAAUCUGUGACGAUCCAAAUGACAACGUUGUACUUGCAUUUCAACAACUGAGUGAAAGCUACAGUGCAAAGCUGGCUGCCCAAGGAGGUCAUACCUGGUAAAGUAUGAAGAAAGGAUAGUACAAGUCUUCCUGCUUGCAUAGAAAAUAGGCUAGCAGCUAAUUUAAGUUAAGUGGCAAAUUAUCACUGUUCUCAAACACACUUAGAAUAAAAUUACAGUAAAUAUACAGUGCUUUAGUCAGUGAGAAAUCAGCACAUUUUCUUUUAAUUAGAAUUAUAAAUUAUUUUAAAAGCUUGUCAUAUACUUGGGAUGUUUAAUUUAAAACAGUUAAAUUUAAGAUUGAACUGUUUUAACAAAUGAUGUAACUAGACAAUUGUAUCUUUUUCAAAUUAAAAUUUGUGUUUUAGCCAGUGAGGUUUUUUUUGAAGCAGCUAUAAUAAAGUCGAAACCCUUCACACUUCUAGGAACAACUACUUGGAGCUCACUCUCUACCAGUGAUUAACAGACAGCUAUAGGGGAUACUCAAGUCAUUAUACAUUUUAAAAAAAAAAGUUAAACUGCUGUGAGGAUGGUCUCUUGCAACAAAGGUCAAAUGGCUUAACCUUUAAUUUGAGUCUCAGAGGGGCUGCGUUUGAGCCGUGACCCAGACUAUUUCCCAUCUGGAACUUCGAGUGUAGAUAUGGGGGCUUCCUGUCUCUAACUCUGGGAUAAACCUGUUCGGUAACAGUUUCUCAGAUUAUAAAAAAAAGAAAAAGAAAAAAAAAGGAAAUUUGCUGCCACCACCCAAGUGAAAUUUUUUUUUAAUACACGCGCACACACACACUUGACAAAUCCGCUUAUCUACUCCCUACUUACACAUUUCCAAGGAGUCCAUUCCUGGGAGAGUCCAACUCCUUUAUUACCUGGGGAAAACACUGCUCUGAUUUCAAACUCUCUCUGUUUGAAAUUCCUAUCUGCAUUUCAUUGGCUGAAUCCCGAGGCCCCUCCCUCAGGUGCAUUUUCAGAGUUACUUAACCCUUUCCUUACUCUUCAGGUAAGUUAGACUCUCCUUAGCAGCUCCUAUUCAUGAUAGUCUAACUUUAAAGAUGAGUAGUCCUGUGGCACCUUGGAGACUAACAAAUUAAAUGUAGGCAUAUAUUCAUCUCCAAGGUGCCACGGGACUACUCAGUGCCUUUUGUUUACACAUACUUCAACACCAUUAUCUGAUUUGCUUUCCUUUCAUAUGACCUUUGUGACGGGGCAAAUAUGCCCAGCACUGAAGGGAAUGGGGUUAAGAAUCUGGGGGCAGAUGAAGUCCCGCCCUUCUUCCCAGACUGGGUGUUCUCCAACUGCUGGACCUGUAUAAAAGCCAGGAUAGGAGUUCACUCUGGGCAGACUGCCAGCAGGGCUGGAACUCGAGCACCCCCAGGAGCUGCCACAGUAGCCCCAGCAACAGCCCUGACACCAGGGACGGUAGGAAGCAGCCGAGGGCGGACAUUUGUCUCUCUGGGAGCUCAGUGAGUUUCAGCGGGACGCCCCGCUGAGCAGGCAGUGGAAGCAUUCACUGCCAAUAGGGCCCUGGGUUGAGACCUGGAGAACUGGGAGGGCCCGGGUCCCCCUACCCUACAACGCUUACCUUCCUGAUUUCCAGGGGAGACUUACCAGAGGCAUAGAUCUCCAGGCAAGAAAGCCUUUCAGAGCACAGACCUUUCUGAACUAUGCUGGUGGGCCGUAUCUCCUGAGCAAGGGCCACUAAAAGGCAGGUUGAAACCACAGGGGGAGGAGGAGGAAGGGAGCACCCCGUGACAACCUUGUGUAUAUAUAAUGCUAUGACAAUGGAGCUAUCCCUACUCUGCAAAAAGUUCCUACAUGACAUCUGCAAGUUAACUAGCAGUAAGUUGUUCACACCAGUCUUAUGCUAUGUGUUAGCAGGUGGACUUGGUCCAUGUCUAUACCCAUUUAUGUAAAUAACUGCAACCACUUGAGUGAUAAAGCUUUUAUGGAAAUACUUAAUUUCAGAAUAUCCAAGUAGAGGUUUACACCAGUUAAUAAAGGUGUUCUAAAGACAAGUCUGGACAGUAGGAGGGUCCCUGUAAAGAAUACAUGAUUUGUAUUUUAGUGAAAUGAUUUUUGGAAAGGAAAGGUCGGGCCUAUCAAUCUUGGCAAUGGUUCCUAAAUAAAUUCUUAACUUUCAUUACUCAUAAUGGACAAAUGUAACAG